UUGGAGCAACUCCCCAAAAUCUGGGAUUCCCCAGAGUGAUUCACACCAGAUUCCGAUCUCAUUACCGAACUGGCUACGCAUAAUUCAGCAAAACAGAAAGUUUACACGCUGUCUUCAGCGGUCCAAAAUCUACGAUAGGCGAUAUCACGACUGCCAGCGGAAGUGUGCAUGUUUAGGGCGAUUGAAAAAAAAACCAGUGACGUUUAACUACGUCCAAGCAAAACAGAAACCGGAUUUUGAGGCGCGCACCUGGUACCCGGCGCUGGUUCCCGAGAGAAAACGCCCGUCACGGGUGUACCCGGGAGCCCAGGCUAUGGUGGCGCUGUCUAUGAAGUCAUUGAAGCGGAUCUCCGUACACGAACGGGCCUGUACUCUCAACGCUGGAAAAUUACUGAACAAGUUAAUUAUCAUAAUUCACACGGAAGCACAGCCAGUAUGAAUUGCUCAAACAUUACUUUGGAACUUAUUUUUAAAUAUCUCUGUGGGACUUUUGUUUUGAGGUGUAUAUAAGCCCUUAAAGAUUCCACCAUGGAACAUUGUCAGUUUAAACUCGAAGCCAGUUGCUCAGUUGAUUCAGAGCUUUUGAAGUCUGAAGCUUUUGGAGUUCCAGUUUCAACAUUCGUAACUCACACCACCAACCCUUUCACCGAUCAGCUGCGAAACUCCUGAUGGAUACACAGGUAAUCAAGUGCUUCUUUGGACUUUUCCUGACACUCGUCUUGCAUGCCAGCCGGGUGCAGGCCAAGAGCAUCCCUGGUUUGAGCGGGACCUGUAUGUCGCCCAUUUCCAUGGCAUAUCUAUACCCGUCAACCAACACGCUGGCCCUGCACCCCAUGCAGGAACCGCCAUACCAGGACGACUCCAACCCCCCUCAGGCAACCUGCCCGGCCACUGUGGAUGUCAACGAUCCCCUCUCCAGGCGCUCCACCUGCCCCUUCGAGUACAUCACCAACUUCGAGCGGGAGCGCAUCCCAGCAGCUAUCCAGGAGGCCCGCUGCCUGUGCGACGGUUGCUUGGACCCGUAUACUGGUGAGCAAUCCCCGGACCUGACCUGCCAGCCGAUCAGGUACUCCAUGCAGGUUCUGCGCAAGAGCACAACAAGUCCCAUCAACGGAUUCGAGAUGUACUCCCUGUCUCAGGAGGAGAUCACCGUGGGUUGUGCAUGCUCUCGACUCGUUUAAAUAAGAUUGCUAAGUUCGUCGCUCUGGAAGUCUUUCUGGUCCUGCAAUGUGUAAUGAUAUGUUUCAUACGGUCAAGAAUCCGUGGCUAAUUUAUAUUUAGACAUUUAGAUAUUUAUAAAACUAUUACUGUCUGUGAGCUUGAAUUAAAUUAUUGUAUUUAUAUUAUUUAUUUAAAUUAAAUCUCUGCAGCAAAAGAAAAACAGCAGCUUAAGAAAAAAUGGAGACGAAGGAACGAAGAAGUGCGGAUUUCAGAGUAUUAUCCACGUUUAUAGUGUAAUAUAAGUUAUACUGUGUGUUUACUCCCUCUGAGAAUGGGCUUGGCAGGGAAAACAGGGGGCAAUGAUUACUCAUCCUUAAAAAAUGAAGGAAGACGUGAUGAAACAAACUGAAAAGAAAGGAAAGGUGGCGAAAAUUUCCACAUUUCUCGAAAAUACCUGGGAAUUGACCCUCCAUCCUCUGUUGUUGGUUUAUCAAUUUGAAGAUGAUGAGUAAUUUGCCCCCCCCCCGCUCUUCGAAAGAGCUUAAGCCUCUUCCGGGCAACUCCCCCUGCCUACAAGCACAUAUUUUAAUGUGCUUCAUUUUCGACUUAAAACCAACAGCAUGUGCUGAUUCAGUGAAGUAGUUCCGUUAUAUGGAACGCAAAAAUGAAAUGACUUGUGAAAGUUUUUGCUAGUAUUUUUCCAGAGGUAUUUAUUGUGACAUGCAAAACAGUUGAUUGGUCCUUAAAUUAUAUUUAUGCUAUUUAUAGAAAAGUAUAUGGGAUGCAUGUACAUGUAAUGCCAUAGUAUAUUUAUUAUAAUAUUCUAAAUAUUUGACCUGAUAUUUAUAAGCCUUUAUUGUUUGCGUACAUCGCUGAGCGUGAGCUGUUAAUAAUAGAGGGGCGGGAGAUGGGGUACUUCUCCGUUUUGGCCAAAUUAACAGUAAUUGACACUUACAUUUUGUGCGUGAAUCUGGAGCGUGGCAUGGAUAUGAUUUAUAUGUGCAGUUUUUACACGGUAGGGGUAUAAUCUUGGCAACACUGUUCACCACAGUUUGUGACGUGUUUUAGUCAUUUUGCAUAUUAUUUUGUAAGGUAUUUAAACUUUCAAUUCUAAUAUCUUGAACUGGUACAAGAAUUAUACAAAAACAAUAACAUUUUGAAAUGAACAUUCCCUUCGGGAACAGAUGUGAGUUUAUAAUUUGAUCAAGUGGUCAAGAAUCAAAAUUGUAUGAAUUAAAACUUAUCAUUGCACCAUAAUAUUUUAUAAAAAAUCUAUUUAAAAAAACAGUAGUUUUUAUUUUAAUUGUGCUAGAAAUAUCUUUAUAUUUGAAAUGCAUUCUAGGUUCAUUUCAUAUAUUAUUGUUCUUUCGUAUAUAUUGUAUUCAUUUACUCAGAUUACCAAAGAAGUAUGGUGGACAAAAUAAGCAGUCUGAAGUGCAGGGUAUGUAGGAGUACCCAGACUUAUGUUUAUUCUGUACCGUAAACGGCAUGUGUAAACCUGCUGCGCGGGUUUAUUUAAAUCAAAUGCCAACAUCGAUAGUUGUAAAGACGCAAUAUUUCUAAAGCACAAAUUUGACGCCGAUUGCAAAGUAAUCCAGAAUAUUGUUUAUGCUGAGCAUACAGUCAUAGAUUGACGUAGAAAAAUGAACAUUGUCAAAUUGUCACUUCACAUGAGGAGCUGUAGCCCAUACUCCAGUACAGUUGAACUGUUUUUGACGACGGCUCUUAUGGCUCUGAUACUACGAACAAGUGUCUCCUUAUUGAUACCCAGAGUUCUAUGCAAUAAAUUGAAGGUAUGCGGAUCUUUCUGUCAAA